UUUUUUUUUUUUUUUUUUUCCUGUCUUGUCUUUUUUCCCCUCUUCCUUUUUUCCCCUGCUGCUCCUCCGAUUUAGAAGCAAAUCUCGGGGGCCGCAGAGAGAAUUCGUUUUUCCGCCAUCGUCAUCGUCGCUAUUAUUAUUAUUUUUUUAAUCUUCCUCCUUUUCCCGUUUUGGAUCUUAACCCUUUGAUCUGUUUCCUUUAAAAGACUCUGAUUCCCAACUCCCAUCAGGGGGAGAGGGAGGAGAAAUACAGGGAAGGGAAAAAAAAAGCCCGAGCGAGUCGCUGCCCUCAGCUGUUGGCCAGGUUUGGUGGGGGACAAAAGUCCCUUUAAAAUAUUGAAUGUCAGUUGCAAACCUAAGAAAAGAAAAAUCUGAUCCGGAGCGCUAAAUUUAGGAGCUUUAUAUGGAACUUGGACUCUGCUGCUGGAUUUUGUAUGGAUUUUUUUCAACCUUUGGGAGGACAGACCCCGGCGUCCGCCCCUAGACCGCACUGAGCGACCGAAGCGGCUGGGGGGAAGCGUCGACAGAGCUGCCGGCAGAGAUGGCCGAGAAUUGGAAGAACUGCUUCGAAGAGGAGCUCAUCUGCCCCAUUUGCCUGCAUGUCUUUGUGGAGCCGGUCCAGCUGCCCUGCAAGCACAACUUCUGCCGGGGCUGCAUCGGGGAGGCGUGGGCCAAGGAGUCGGGCUUGGUGCGGUGCCCGGAGUGCAACCAGGCCUACAACCAGAAGCCCAACCUGGAGAAGAACCUGAAGCUCACCAACAUCGUGGAGAAGUUCAACUCCCUCAACCUGGAGAAGCCCCCCUCAGUCCUGCACUGCGUCUUCUGCCGCCGGGGCCCGCCGCUGCCGGCCCAGAAGAUCUGUUUGAGGUGCGAGGCUCCGUGCUGCCAGUCCCACGUCCAGACCCACCUGCAGCAGCCCUCCACGGCCCGGGGGCAUCUCCUGGUGGAGGCGGAGGACGUGAGGGCCUGGAGCUGCCCCCAGCACAACGCCUACCGCCUGUACCACUGCGAGGCCGAGCAGGUGGCCGUCUGCCAGUUCUGCUGCUACUACAGCGGGGCCCACCAGGGACACUCGGUCUGCGACGUGGAGAUCCGCCGCAAUGAGAUCCGGAAGAUGCUGAUGAAGCAGCAGGACCGCCUGGAGGAGCGGGAGCAGGACAUCGAGGAGCAGCUCUACAAGCUGGAAUCAGACAAGCGGCUGGUCGAGGAGAAGGUGAACCAGCUGAAGGAUGAGGUGCGCCUGCAGUACGAGAAGAUGCACCAGAUCUUGGAUGAGGACUUGCGGAAGACCAUGGAGAUCCUGGACAAGGCCCAGGCCAAGUUCUGCAACGAGAAUGCAGCCCAGGUUCUGCACCUCAAUGAGCGCAUGCAGGAGGCCAAGAAGCUUCUCAGCUCUGUCCAGGUCAUGUUUGACAAAACUGAGGACAUCAACUUCAUGAAGAACACCAAGUCUGUGAAAAUCUUAAUGGACAGAACUCAGAACUGUACAGGUGGCAGCCUGCCCCCACCCAAAAUCGGCCACCUCAACUCCAAGCUCUUCCUGAACGAGAUUGCCAAGAAGGAGAAGCAGCUGAGGAAGUUGCUGGAAGGUCCUCUGAGCACCCCCGUCCCCUUCCUGCAGAGCAUCCCCAUGUACCCCUGCACCGUCAGCAACUCCGGCGCGGAGAAGCGCAAGCACUCCACCGCCUUUCCCGAGGGCAGCUUCCUCGAGCCAUCGUCCGGGACUGUGGCGAGCCAGUACAUGAGCCAGGGCGCUUCGGCCGGCGAGGGGCAGUCCGCACAAGCCAUGGUGCCUUGUAGCUCCACGCAGCACAUAGUUGGACUUCCUAGCGGCCCGCAGCCGGUGCACUCGGGCUCCGUCUUCAACCCAUCUCACUACCCCAACACCACGUCAUCUCAGCAGUCCGUGCUCUCGCAGUACGGCGGGCGCAAAAUCCUCGUCUGCUCCGUGGAUAACUGUUACUGUUCCUCGGUGUCCAACCACAGCGGGCACCAGCCCUACCCGCGCUCGGGGCACUUCCCCUGGACAGUGUCGUCGCAGGAGUACUCGCACCCGCUGCCGCCCGCCCCCGCCGUGCCCCAGUCGCUCCCGGGACUUGCCGUGAGGGAAUGGAUUGACGCAUCCCAGCAGCACGGGCGGCAGGAUUUCUAUAGGGUCUACGGGCAGCCCUCGGCCAAACACUACGUCACCAGUUAACCGUCACACUCUCUGGAGAGUCCUGCUCGAUGAUGUGUUCAGAGAGAAAAGUCUGGUUUGGUUUGGCUUUUCUUUUUUUUUUUUCCCUCCCCUUUUAAAUCAAACCCAAUUUUUUCCCUGCCUCACACCCCUCCAGGAUUUUGGGGAGGGUUGUUCUAUCAUAUCUCCUUUUUUUUUUUUUUAAUCCUUUAAAAAUGAAAUAAUUUUUUUUCAUUUUAAUGCCUUUUUUUAAUUUAAUUCUGGAAGUCCUUCCUGCCCCUCGCUGGGUAAACACGAGGGAGAAAUUACCGAGAAGAAAUUGAUGGGGAUUUCAGUCGGACAUCUGGGUCUGUGCGUUGUGCUCUUCCUCGCUCCUCUCUGCCUUUGGAAAACUUCAGAAGGGACAAUGGCACCUUCUCUCUUUAUAUUUCUCCAAGUUCAUUUUUUCUGGUUUGGUUCAGUUUUUCCCCUUUCCCCACCCCUUUCUUUCCCUUUUUAAAAAGAAAAAAAAAGAAAAAAUCUAUCAUUGAUUCAGUAUGAAAUGAUACUUGUAGAUUUUGGGUUUGUUACUUUUUAUUUUUAAAGGCUGAUUUUUUUUUUUGUGUUACAAGGCCACUUCUCAUGCAUAUUGGCAUUUUUUUCCUUCUUUCAGAGAUUUGUAAAUACACAAUGGCAGGAAAUUUAAUGCACAAAAAAAAAAGGGAAAAGAAACUUUACAAAAAACCACAAAUAAAUAAAUAAAAAAAAAUCUGUUCUAGUUUUCAGGAGGGGAAGUGUGACCAAAACGCACUCCCCUCCUGCAUAUCGCUGAUGCAACUUCCUGUAACAAGCACUUUGUAUAAAAAAAAGUGGACUUCCUGCUAUAAGGCACAGGUAUUUAUUCUGUAACCAAUUUUAGACACACACACACACACACACACACACACACACACACACACACGCAAAAUAUUCAAAUAAAUGU